GUACAUUUGACUCAGUACAUCAGAUAUUGCCAUUGCUUGAUAGUAUUAUACCUAUUCACAUCUGUUACAUCCAUCAUCCAGCAUAUCAUAUCAUAUCGUAUUCUCUAUCAUGCCCGUCACAAGAAAGCGCAAGGCCAUCAGCCCCGACUCUGGUAAACAAAGCACAAUCGCCAGCCAAAAGCCCAUCAACACCUUUGGACGCGUCACCAAGAGUCAGAAGGACGAGACGAACACAAAGAAGCGCAGGAUAUUAGAUUCAUCCAUCAUCGAUACAUCAUCAUCAUCUACACAAGACACGAAUAUUACUGGACAGGAAGAGGUGGAAGCGGACACAACAACGACGCAAUCGAAGAAGCGCUCAAGAGAUGCCGAGGAUGAAGUCACAACUCCGCAGAACAAGAGAUUCAGGAAUGCCCUACCGCCGACACCAGCAGAGACGCCGUCCAAGAGCGCUUCCAUGCUCUUUGAGCAGAUGAUGCUCGACAAUACCGCUCCUGUCCCGAAUAGCUCGACACCACAAGAUACCGAAUACGAAACACCUCCUCUCACACCGCGCGCCUUCAGAAGUCUUGGAUCAUCGUUACCUACAACCGAAUUGCCAGCUCAGUUACAAGAAUUUACGCGACUGUUCAAAGCAUUCCUCACAAGCACAUCACUAUAUUCGACGCACAAUGGCCUCGGUACGCCAAUGUACAUUACCAAUUUAUUACCACAUGUCACGAGGAGCUGGAAGAAGAGAGCCGUCACAGAACGUGACAUGCUCAUCGUUCUUGCUAUUCUUGGAGAGAACGACACUUUCGAGUUGGCCGACAAUGGUGAAGGGAGCCUAUGCAUCGAGCUUCUGGACACCAAAAACUCCACGACCGGUCACUUUAACCAGCCCGAGAUGAUCACAUUAUUCAACACCCGCCUUGACACCCUCUGGAAGCAAUGGCUCUCCUCAUCACCCACAGCGAGAUCAGACAUCGAAGGCUUCGUUUCACAGAUCCCUACCUGCCAAGUCAUUACCAGCCAGGUCGCACCAAGUAACAUCACUCACAUCACAAAAGGCGCCGAACGUCUUCAAGAGCUCAAAGCCGGAGCAAUCGUCGCCCGUGCAGCAGAAGCAACUUCCCGCAAACCUGUCGUUCAACCAAGAGACAAGUCUGCCGCAGCAGUAGCAAGUCGCGGCGCCAAUCUCCUCGAACGUAUCCUCGCCAAACAAGCUGCAAAUCUCAACAAGGCGGACGGACCUAGCCCUGCCCACCUUGCCCGUCUCUCUGCCCUCGACCGCAUCACAGACAUUGCGGAUGUGCUUGACGUUCUCUCCGGUGGCCGUGCAAGAGCAAGUUUCUCGACCAAAGUCCUGCUGUCAAAUCUCCAAAACUCAUUGCGCAACCCUCUGUCUGCAGAAGAAGCUGAGAAGUGUCUUGAGAUUAUGGCUGCAGAAGUCACACCACAUUUUGUCAAGAUAAUUCGUGCUGGAAGCGUCAAUGCUGUUGUUAUUACUAGAGCCGGCAAGCCGACGCCUGAGCAAUUGAGGGCUAGAAUUGAGUCUGCCAGGGCUGCCUGAUCGUAUCGAUGUCGAUUUGUCGAGAUGUGAUGAGAAGCGAUCUCCGGACGAGAUAUUGUCAAUCAUGCCACUGGUUUGGCAUAAAGAUGGAAAGAAUCGAUCUUGUAGAUUAGACGCAGCAUCCAUCGAGUAUAUUUUUAUCCUCUGUUUCACCAUAGCAAGAUAAUCCCCGAACCACAGGCUGGCCAAUGUAUGCAUAAAUCUCGCUCAUGUGUUUGGUGAUGGAGGGAAG